AUGGCCGGCUCCUACGACACUUUCCUGUCCUUCUUCGGCUUCGUGAAUCCUACUGCCGCAAGUGCCAAUUUCAUGGGCCUCCCAAACUACGCUGCUAGCAUGGCCUUUGAGCUCUUUACCGAAGAACGCACCUUCAUUCCAGAUCAACUGAUGGUUCGCUUUCUCUUCCGAAACGGCAUUGAUGGAGAUCAAAAUUUGGCAGCCUUUCCACUCUUCGGAAACUCGGAACUUGAUAUGCCAUAUUCACAAUUCGUCGAAGAAUUAGGCGCACAUUCCAUUAGAGGCCUUAAUGACUGA